UAACAUUUCAAUCAUACUGGGCAUAUUUACUGAGAAAACGUUCAAAAGGCCAUGUUUUUUUGGGGUGCAUGGAUUUCACUGCUCUAUUAUAGCAGUGCCACUCGGAAUACUGACUGCUCUAUUACCUAAGUACGUAAUUGGGAUUAGCUUUGCCUAACAAUGCCAGAAGCUUUGCCCUAGCAACCACGUGAUUGGUUAGAAAGGAGUUAUCUGAUUGCUGAUAAUAAAGCUGUGUUUUAAAAAUGAAACCUCGUGAUUGUUUCUGGCGAAAGGAGGAAUUUUGUACACCACUGUAAAAUGAUAUCAAAUGUCACAAAAAAUAACAGUUACUCAUAAAUGAGUCAUCAUUCCUCCCGCUUUUAUCAGUUGAUAGGGAGAUAGUAACAAACAGAGUGAAAGCGACUUCAAUUACUGCCGGAAAUUGAUGUGCACAAUUUGGUAAUGGACGCCAGAAUUUACAUCAGAGAAAUGAACUUUCGAGCGACAAUCUGGUAUCACCUACAAGGACCUUAUGCAUUUUAGCCAUUUUGCUAAUGGACAAUUUGCCCCAUCAGUCAGUUACUUUCCUUACUUACCUUGAAAAGUUAAUCAGAGAAUAAUAGGGAUAAAGCUGUGCCACUUAAUGGAGGAAGUGCCUGAUUGAUAGCACGUCAUGUUGGAGAGCUGUAAGAGGCCAAUAAAUCCAUUAGCCAGGCACAAUUUCAUUCAGUGACUCCAUCAUCAGUCAACUUGGGAACACUGAUUUUCUGACGGCGACAGUUGCUGAUGCAGCAUCACGCAGAUAGAUGUGAUAUUGUCACUGUGUGAAUUGGACAAUUUGCCUGGCAACAUACGAUGAGCCUAGGCAAGCGGGACACUUUCACUGCAAGGAGGAUACAAUAGGAAGGAUGAAGAGUUCAAACUAAAGCUGACUUAUGUCGACAUCUUGCAGAUUUGCAGAUGCGAAAAGCUUGCUGAAUUCGUACAGCGUCAGCAAACAAAAUACCUAGCCCAUCUCGUCAGACAACCAAAUGCUUACCUCACCAAGCAUCUCUUGUUCAAUGAGGACACGAAGCGGAAAUCUGGCAACCGGUUACCUACUCUCCUGCAGCAAGUAGUCAAUAUCCAUGCCAACACCACUGACGAAUUCUUCAAGCGAGCGCUUUGGAGGGAAUACUGAAGGUUUUUUUACGUUGGGCAUGAAACUGACUCUCCAUGCCCACUCAACAGCUGCUGUAUGCAGCUAGAGUUAAACUUAAAUGAAUGAAUGAUGAACUUUCACAACAAUUGGAAGCAGUCCAUGAGAUAAACCGUCGCAAACUGGCGCAAUUUUUCUCGCCCAACAUUUUUGUUACACUAGGGUUUGACAUCUACAAGUUUGUUGAGUUUUAAACUUGCACUGGAGAGUACGAGUGAUUAUAGCAUGUAAUAAGUGGAAGUCAUUUCUCCAAUCCACAGUUAUCGGAAACUAACAACUGAUUGGAAGAACAUGAUCAGGGGCCAAGCAGGUUAACAACUUGGCUCUCAUCUUCACGCGGAGAUUAAACAGUAAAGAUUUUCAUUUCUACUUGUGCUGUUUGGAGGCAUCAGAAUGAACAGUUCGUCCACAGAGCCCUCCGAGCUGUCGCCGGUUCUGGUUGCUCUGCGCACCACUUUUAUCAUCUGUCUCGGAGUUCUGAUCAUAGCUGGCAAUCUCCUUUCCAUUGCCGUUACUCGCCACGUCUCCGACUUGGCAGAGAGUACCAAGGUCUUGAUGAUAACUCUAGCAGUUUCGGACCUCUUUAUUGGCUUCUCGACAGCUUUCGGCGUCGUGGCUUCGGCUAUGGACAGAUGGCCCUUCGGCCGAAUCUGCUGCCAACUAAUGCCAGUCGUACAGAUGGUAGUUUCCUUCAUGUCUGUGUUUUCGGUGGUCCUUCUAAACCUCGAGCGAUAUAUCGCUGUCACCCGGCCAUUCAAGUACCCAAUCUGGUGCAGCCGACACCGCAUUCUUGCACUAGUACUCGUGUUCUUGGUGUUGUCUGUGUUUAACUCCAUAAGUCUCCAGUUCAUAUUUGAGAUACCUUCAGAGUAUUUGGAUUCCUCAGCUGUCUGUUUUCUCAGAAUGACAAGUAAAUAUGGAGGUGUCAUAUUCCUGAUAGUCCUGGUUAUAUUGCCUGUGUCCAUUAUGAUCCGUGUUUAUCACCGCUUGAUUAAAAUCAGCCGAGAGCAAGCCCGGCGAAUCGACCCCAACCGUCGGAACGCGAACCCGAGCUUUUACGACAAUCGAGCCCUGAAGGCCUUCCUGGUUGUCACCCUUACACUAGCCGGAUGUUUCACGCCAUUGAUGCUGUGCAGAUCUGUGGAAUCCUUGGCGGGGGUCGCUCUUCCCGGCUGGCUGGAAUUCUCGGCGGUGUGGCUGGUCUACUGCAACAGCGCCCUCAAUGUCUUCAUUUACUGUCUCUUCAAACAGUCGUACCGUCGCCGGGCUAUGGGGAUUGUCUCAAAGCGAUUGCUGUGUUGCAGAAAUUCUGUUGAACCUGUGGAUAUCUGAGGCGUUCAUAACGCAAUCGCAACUGAUACAUAGGCUGUGGGAUUGACGUGCAAUUUAGAUGUUGCGACUAUUAUGUUGCAAAUCAGUUGGAUUUUUCCUAGCACUUUCUUAUUUACUACAUGUAUUCCAAACACUAUUUAUAAUACUCUUCAUAUUAAC